AAACGAAGAGUAAAGCAAGGCUUUGGAAAGGCCGAUGCAGCGUUCGUGAAGACACUCUGAUUUCCCAUCUUUAUCGUGGAUCCUAAACACAUCUGAUGAACAGAACGCUGGUUAAAAAUAGCUAGUUAGCGAUUGCGUGAAGAUGCAACUGGCUCUGAGUAAAACCUUUGGCCAGAAACCAGUUAAAUUUCAAUUAGAACCAGAUGGGGACUUUUACAUGGUAGGGUCUGAGGUUGGAAACUACCUGCGCAUGUUCAGAGGUUCCCUGUAUAAAAGAUAUCCGUCUUUAUGGAGAAGGCUCGCCUCGGUGGAGGAGCGGAAGAAAAUCGUUGCAUCAUCACAUGCUACAAGUGUUACUCUGCUGAAGGCAUCAGAAUGUGAAGAGAUCUUCGAGGGUAAUGAUGAGAAAUACAAGGCGGUGUCCAUCAGCACAGAGCCUCCAGCUUACCUCAGGGAGCAGAAAGCAAAGAGGAGCAGUCAGUGGGUCCCCACGCUGCCCAACAGCUCUCACCAUUUAGACGCUGUGCCUUGCUCCACCACCAUCAACCGUAACCGAAUGGGCCGUGACAAGAAGAGGACCUUCCCACUGUGCUUUGAUGACCACGACCCUGCAGUGAUCCAUGAGAACGCGGCCCAGGUAGAAGCACUGGUCCCCAUUCGUCUGGACAUGGAAAUAGACGGACAGAAGCUGCGAGAUGCCUUUACAUGGAACAUGAAUGAAAAACUGAUGACCCCAGAGAUGUUUGCAGAGAUUUUAUGUGAUGACCUGGACCUGAAUCCUCUGGCCUUUGUCCCCGCCAUUGCCUCCGCCAUUCGUCAGCAGAUUGAGUCCUACCCCACUGACAGUAUACUGGAAGAGCAGGCAGACCAGAGAGUCAUCAUCAAGCUGAACAUCCACGUGGGAAACAUUUCUUUGGUGGACCAAUUUGAGUGGGACAUGUCGGAGAGAGAGAAUUCGCCAGAGUCAUUUGCACUGAAGCUGUGCUCUGAGCUGGGUCUGGGUGGAGAGUUUGUAACCACCAUCGCCUACAGCAUUCGGGGUCAACUCAGCUGGCACCAGAGGACCUAUGCCUUCAGUGAGAACCCGCUCCCGACAGUAGAGAUUGCCAUCCGCAACACAGGGGAUGCAGACCAGUGGUGCCCCCUGCUGGAGACCCUCACAGAUGCUGAAAUGGAGAAGAAGAUUCGAGACCAAGACAGGAACACAAGGCGUAUGAGACGACUGGCCAACACCGCUCCUUCCUGGUAGAAAGAGACAUGAAGCUGCAUCAGAUGAAGGGUCCUCUGGAGACUCCUCAUACUCAGAUGACGUUUCUUCUGGAGACUUCUGGUACUCUGGAAAUCAUCGCCAAAUACACACACACACACACACAC